GAUUUUGGCCCCGCCCCGUGUGGCAAAUUGCGGGAAAUUCAAAGUACGUAAAAAGAAUGCAAGGAUUAAAGCCAAUGUCCACGCUAGAAAUCGGUCCGAGAAACAUAUAGCCAAUAAAAUUUCCGUUUUUCCAUAAAAAAUGCAAGUUGAUUGGUUAUACAUUUCUCGGACCGAGAUCUCGGACCAAUUUCUAGCAUUGUGGACAUUGGCUUUUAAACCCGUAAAACUGCAGGCUGGAGUCAUUUAUUUCCCCUUUUUUAUAUUUUCUUGAUUCGCAGCCUUCCACAAAACAAUAUAACACCAUUUUUAUAUAUUUAAAUAAUUGUCAAAGAUUCAAGUCGAUAUGCACUAAAUACCACGCACCUUUGACACGCACACUAUUGUAUGGAUUAGUUAUUCCCAGCCCCGUUGCCACACAGUGUCGCCACAGAUCUUGGCUAUCAAUGUGAAGUUGGUUCUAGCGGUCCAUAUUUUCAUAGUCAAAUGCUGGAUUCAUAUUGGGUUCGAUUUCUGACGUACGAUAUUUCGUUUUGAUCGCAUUUUCUUUACAUUUCCAUUUUUAAUGUCAAUUUCUCUUGUAAAGAGUCCUCUACAAUUCCUCUACAAAGAAGAGCACUGUCACCCAAUGGUCAGAUGUUUUUCAACAUUACAUGAUUAUUUAUGCUGAUCAUAUUUUUAUAUAUAAUUGUAAAGAGUGCAAUAUAUAACAAACUGUUAAUAAUGGCUAUGAAACGUACCUGUAAUAAUAAUGAAUUUUUUUUGAAAUGGCAUCCAGAAAUGAUAUUAGUAUCAGACUCGCCUAUCACUUGGCAAGGCUUUCUACUUAUCUCACAUGCAUCUUGUGAGCCACAUGAUAUUCAAUGCUCCAGAGUAAAAUUGAAACUAAUUCUGCCAAAUUAUCCAUCAUUUCGUAAUGUACAAAUUAGAUUUGGCAAACAAAUAGCUUUUCUGCGAAACAUAGAAUUUAGACAAAAAGUGAAAGCAUUAUUAAUGAAUUCUACACAAACGGUUCCUUUAUUCUUAAGACAAUUACAAUCACUUAUUGGUGAAUACAUGCAUAAAGCAGAUAGUAAACUUUGUAUGAUUGAUCUUGAUGCUACAAGUAAUUUUCUCAAAGAUUUGAAAACAGCUCUUCAGAAUUCAUCUGAUGUACAAUUAACAUGUAAUCAUAACUUAAAUAUGAUUACAUUAUCCUUAAGAGGUAUAUCUCUUAAACUGCAAAGAUGUAACAGUAUUGAAGUUCCAUGGAAAGUUAUAUCUUCUGAUUUGCCCAAUGUUUCAAUAUUUGAAGGCUUUGAAAAAAAUAUAACUAAUUUGAGUAUUACAAUGGUUAAGUUUAAAUGGCAAGUGGAAUUAUUGGAAAAUGCAUGGAAGCAGUUAAAAGAAAUUGAUGAAAAUUGUUGGGUAAUUGAUCCAUUGGAACCAAAUAAGAGCCACAUGUACAGGCGUAUCCACUUGUCGCAGUCUAUAUCUGUGACAAUUACAAUCCAAGAUCUAUUACAUCCCACUGCUUUGCCAGUAAUUAAAUUCUUCGGCAGUGACAAUGAAGUAAAAAAACAAAUAAACUAUGUGUCUGAUAAUAUGCAUAAUUGGAAUAAAGAUCGUAGCAUAUUAGAAAAUCUAAGAAUGCUAUUAAAUAUGUAUGAAUUUCCCGAGCCACAGGAAAAUUUGGAAGAUAAGAAAGCCAUUAUUGGCAGUCAUGAAUGUGGUAUAUGUUUCUCUGCCGAUGAAUUACCAGAUAAAAUAUGCAAUAAUAAAAAAUGCAUGAAGCAUUUCCACUCAACAUGUUUGUCAAAGUGGUUGCAAACAAAUGCUAGAAAUCAAGUUGUGUUUAACCAUAUCCAUGGCGCAUGUCCACACUGCAAGGAAAACAUUUCCUGCUUCAUUGAAUGAGGCACAUGUGCUACAGAUUGAAAUCCCGCAACAAGAUACACCCUCGUUAAUUCUGUUUCGUCGUCGACAAUUGCUUUAGCAAUAGGAUAAAGUG